AUGAUAUCCGAAAACAACAGUCUUUGCGAAACUCCCGAAGACCAGGUUGCAGGUAGCAUACCUAUUGACAAGAACGAAGAGGAAAACAUUAUUGAGCGGUUUACCAAGACUGAUUUGGAUCUUGUUUCGCUGUUUUCACCAAUUGAUCAAGGCGCCCCAACUGCAAUCGUAGAGAUGUUAGUUCAGCCAAUUAAUGGAGUGAAGUCUCCAAAAACGAGAUUCCAUGACCUUUUAAACAGUACAAGAGAAUCCUGA